UUGUUACUCCCAGCCAAUAGGAAAUGAGCUCCUUGAUAAGUACCAAAAUGGCGAUGGCUGGGCUCUAGAACCGGGCUGUGCGAAGCUCAUCUCCUCUUCUUUAGUUCCAUUUCUCUCGCCUCUGAGCUGCCUGCCGCCGGCACCGCCUCCUCAGAGACAAGUCAUGAAAGUGGUGAACCUGAAGCAGGCUAUUUUGCAAGCCUGGAAGGAGCGAUGGAGCGAUUACCAGUGGGCAAUCAACAUGAAGAAAUUCUUUCCCAAAGGAGCUACCUGGGACAUUCUCAACCUGGCAGAAGCACUGCUGGAGCAGGCCAUGAUUGGACCUUCCCCCAAUCCUCUCAUCCUGUCCUACCUGAAGUAUGCCAUUAGUUCUCAGAUGGUGUCCUACUCCUCUGUCCUGACAGCUAUCAGUAAGUUUGAUGACUUUUCCCGGGACCUGUGUGUCCAGGCUUUGCUGGACAUCAUGGACAUGUUUUGUGACCGGCUAAGCUGUCAUGGCAAAGCAGAGGAGUGCAUCGGGCUGUGCCGAGCCCUUCUCAGCGCCCUCCACUGGCUGCUGCGCUGCACGGGGGGCUGGAGGCCGGCCCCCCUGCUGCUGGGGAGAAGCAGCUUGCCAUGUGCCUGCAGCGCCUGGAGAAGACCCUCAGCAGCACCAAGAACCGGGCCCUGCUGCACAUCGCCAAACUCGAGGAGGCCUCAUUGCAUACAUCCCAGGGACUUGGGCAGGGUGGCACCCGAGCCAAUCAACCAACAGCCUCCUGGACUGCCAUUGAGCAUUCCCUUUUGAAGCUCGGGGAGAUCCUGGCCAAUCUCAGCAACCCCCAGCUGCGGAGCCAGGCCGAGCAGUGCGGCACACUCAUUAGGAGCAUCCCCACAAUGCUGUCCGUGCACUCAGAGCAGCUACACAAGACUGGCUUCCCCACCGUGCACGCGGUGGUGCUGCUUGAGGGCACCAUGAACCUGACAGGCGAGACCCAGCCCCUGGUGGAGCAGCUGAUGAUGGUGAAGCGCAUGCAGCAUAUCCCUACCCCACUUUUUGUCCUGGAGAUCUGGAAAGCUUGCUUCGUGGGGCUCAUUGAAUCUCCCGAGGGUACAGAGGAGCUCAAGUGGACAGCGUUCACCUUCCUCAAGAUCCCACAGGUUUUGGUAAAGUUGAAGAAGUACUCUCAUGGUGACAAGGACUUCACUGAAGACGUCAACUCUGCAUUUCUGCUGAAGCUCACGCCCUUGUUGGACAAAGCUGACCAGCGCUGCAACUGUGACAGCACGAACUUCCUGCUCCAAGAAUGCAGCAAGCAGGGGCUUCUGUCUGAAGCUAGCGUCAGCAGCCUUAUGGCUAAGCGUGCAGCAGACCGGGAGAAUGUCCCCCAGCUAAAAUCAGCAGAAAAUGCCAACAUCCAGCCCAAUCCUGGGCUGAUCCUCCGGGCAGAGCCCACUGUCACAAAUAUCCUAAAGACAAUGGAUGCAGACCACUCCAAGUCCCCCGAGGGGCUGCUGGGGGUCCUGGGCCACAUGCUGUCUGGGAAGAGCCUGGACUUAUUGCUGGCUGCCGCUGCCGCCACCGGGAAGCUCAGAUCCUUCGCUCGGAAGUUCAUCAAUUUGAAUGAGUUCACGACACACGGCAGCGAAGAAAACACCAAACCGGCCUCAGUUCGCGCCUUGCUCUUCGACAUCUCCUUCCUCAUGCUGUGCCACGUGGCCCAGACCUAUGGCUCAGAGGUCAUUCUCUCGGAGUCGAACACAGGAGCAGAAGUGCCCUUCUUUGAAACCUGGAUGCAGACCUGCAUGCCUGAGGAGGGCAAGAUCCUGAACCCCGACCACCCUUGCUUCCGGCCCGACUCCACCAAAGUGGAGUCCCUGGUGGCCCUGCUCAACAACUCCUCAGAAAUGAAGCUCGUGCAGAUGAAGUGGCACGAAGCCUGUCUCAGCAUUUCAGCGGCCAUCUUGGAAAUCCUCAAUGCCUGGGAGAAUGGGGUCCUGGCAUUUGAGUCAAUUCAGAAAAUCACCGAUAAUAUCAAGGGGAAGGUAUGCAGUCUGGCAGUGUGUGCUGUGGCUUGGCUCGUGGCCCACGUCCGGAUGCUGGGGCUGGAUGAGCGUGAGAAGUCGCUACAGAUGAUCCGCCAACUGGCAGGGCCACUGUACAGUGAGAAUACCCUGCAGUUCUACAAUGAGAGGGUGGUGAUCAUGAGCUCGAUCCUGGAGCGCAUGUGUGCUGACGUGCUGCAGCAGACAGCCACGCAGAUCAAGUUCCUGUCCACGGGGGUGGACACAAUGCCUUACUGGAACCUGCUGCCCCCUAAGCGACCCAUCAAGGAGGUGCUGACGGACAUAUUUGCCAAGGUGCUGGAGAAGGGCUGGGUGGACAGCCGCUCCAUUCACAUCUUCGACACCUUGCUGCACAUGGGAGGCGUCUACUGGUUCUGCAACAACCUGAUUAAGGAGCUGCUGAAGGAGACGCGGAAGGAGCACACGCUGCGGGCCGUGGAACUGCUCUACUCCAUCUUCUGUCUGGACAUGCAGCAGGUGACCCUGGUCCUGCUGGGCCAUAUCCUGCCUGGGCUGCUCACCGACUCCUCCAAGUGGCACAGCCUCAUGGACCCCCCCGGCACAGCCCUGGCCAAGCUGGCUGUAUGGUGUGCCCUGAGUUCCUACUCCUCCCACAAGGGACAAGCAUCUUCCCGCCAGAAGAAGAGGCACCGUGAAGACAUUGAGGACUACAUCAGCCUCUUCCCGCUGGACGACAUACAGCCAUCAAAGCUGAUGCGACUGCUGAGCUCCAAUGAGGACGAUGCUAACAUCCUCUCGAGCCCCACUGACCGGUCCAUGAGCAGCUCGCUCUCGGCCUCCCAGCUCCACACAGUCAACAUGAGAGACCCUCUGAACCGAGUGCUGGCCAACCUGUUCCUGCUCAUCUCCUCCAUCCUGGGCUCGCGCACCGCCGGCCCCCACACCCAGUUUGUGCAGUGGUUCAUGGAGGAGUGUGUGGACUGCCUGGAGCAGGGCGGCCGCGGCAGCAUCCUGCAGUUCAUGCCGUUCACCACCGUGUCGGAACUGGUGAAGGUGUCAGCCAUGUCCAGCCCCAAGGUGGUUCUGGCCAUCACGGACCUCAGCCUACCCCUGGGCCGUCAGGUGGCCGCCAAAGCCAUCGCUGCCCUCUGAGGGGCUUGGGAUGGCCAAGCAGCCCCAAGCGCCUGUGGAGGGAGCAGCAAGGAGACAUGAGCCAUCGCUGCUCACAUCCGCCUGUUGUAAGAGCCUUGGUCAGCUGCCAGCUCUUUCCCUCACUCCUGACCUCUGACCUUCAAGACGUCUCCUGGUUUCUUUUGUAAUUUCCUCUCCUGUUAGUAACUGAGCCUGAGUUGCUGGGUCUUCGGUCCUGGCAUCACCCAUGGGUGCCUCCCCGCUCCCAGGGAGGACUCGCCCCUCCUGAGGAGCUUCAGAGAUGCACACUAUGUGUAAAUAUAUACAUAUAUUUUUGUAACACGUGAGGGAGGCUCCCUCAGCCCUCUUAUAAAUAAAGGUCCUUGCGGCUACCUCA